GCGGCGGCGCUUUCGCUGCUGCUGCUGCCGCUGCCGCCGCCUCUCUUCCCGCUGGAGAAGGAAGCCGAGGGCCAGAGGACGAGGCUGGGGCGGGGGGCUGCGGCCGCCCGGCGGGCCCGGGCUUGGGGGGGACGGAUGCCGCCGCGGGGAGCGCGGCUGGGCGCUGCUGCUGCUGCGGGCAAGAGGACGGCGGCGGGCGCCAGCGUUCGGCGAGGCCAGGCCGGUGAAGCGGAGGAGGCGCCGCUCAGGAGGCGCCCUGAAAUGCGUUCCCCUCUCCCUCCCUUCCAGCGGCCAUGUUAACCACCAGGAAACCGUCUGCCGGCGUUGCUGGAGCUGGAGGGGCCGCUGGGGCCGCCGCUUCUGGCCCGGCUGGCAGCAGGGGAGGUGAAAGUGCUCGACAGCUACAGUCUUCCCCGGGGAUUGGGGCCGGGGGGUGCUCGCGGACAGGCGUUGGGACCGGCCCGCCGUCCCCAAUUGCUUUGCCGCCGCUCAAGUCCAGCAGUGCCGCCCACACGGGUGGUGGAAAUAAGCACACAAUGAACGAACACCUGCAUGUCGCCAGCCAUGGGUUUGAAGACAAUAGCAACAAAAGGACGGUUCUAACCACACAACCCAAUGGGCUUACAACAGUAGCAAAAUCAGGAUUGCCAGUGGUCCAAGACAGACAACUGGACAGUGCACACAGGCGGCAAGGGAGCUCCAGUUCUUUGAAGUCUACGGAAGGGACAGGGAAGGUGAAAGCCUCUGUUAUGACACCAGAGCAAGCCAUGAAGCAAUACAUGCAAAAGCUAACAGCCUUUGAGCAUCAUGAGAUUUUCAGUUAUUCUGAAAUAUAUUUUUGGGGUCCAAAUGCAAAGAAGAGACAAGGUGUAAUUGGUGGUCCAAACAACAGUGGGUAUGAUGAUGAUCAGGGAUCGUAUGUGCAAGUACCCCAUGAUCAUAUAUCAUACAGAUAUGAGGUCCUGAAGGUUAUAGGGAAAGGAAGUUUUGGGCAAGUGGUGAAGGCCUAUGAUCACAAGAUGCAUCAGCACAUUGCCCUGAAGAUGGUGAGAAAUGAGAAGCGCUUUCACCGCCAAGCUGCAGAAGAAAUCCGAAUUCUGGAGCACUUAAAAAAACAGGAUAAGGACAACAAUAUGAACGUUAUACACAUGCUGGAAAACUUCACAUUCCGCAACCAUAUCUGUAUGACAUUUGAGUUGCUGAGCAUGAACCUUUACGAGCUCAUUAAAAAAAACAAAUUUCAAGGCUUCAGCCUGCCGUUAGUUCGCAAAUUUGCCCAUUCAAUUUUGCAAUGCUUGGAUGCUUUGCACAAAAACAGAAUCAUUCACUGUGACCUUAAACCAGAGAACAUUCUGUUGAAGCAACAGGGUCGGAGUGGUAUUAAAGUUAUUGAUUUUGGCUCUAGCUGUUAUGAGCAUCAGCGUGUCUACACUUAUAUUCAGUCACGUUUUUACCGUGCUCCAGAAGUAAUCCUUGGUGCUCGCUAUGGGAUGCCCAUAGACAUGUGGAGCUUGGGCUGCAUUCUGGCAGAGCUCUUAACCGGUUAUCCUCUCUUACCAGGAGAAGAUGAAGGGGAUCAGCUGGCUUGUAUGAUAGAAUUAUUGGGCAUGCCUUCCCAGAAACUAUUAGAUUCAUCCAAAAGAGCAAAAAAUUUUGUGAGCUCUAAGGGUUAUCCCCGAUACUGUACCAUUACUACCUUGUCAGAUGGUUCUGUAGUGCUCAAUGGUGGUCGUUCCCGGCGGGGCAAAUUACGUGGCCCUCCAGAGAGUAGAGAGUGGGGGACUGCAUUAAAGGGAUGCGAUGAUCCCCUUUUCCUUGACUUCUUAAAACAGUGUUUAGAGUGGGAUCCUGCUCUGCGCAUGACACCAAGUCAGGCUUUACGGCAUCCCUGGCUAAGGAGACGUUUGCCAAAGCCUCCAACUGGGGAGAAGACGUCGGCAAAAAGAAUAACAGAAAGUGCUGGUGCUAUCACAUCAAUUUCUAAGUUACCUCCGACUUCAAACUCAGCAUCAAAACUGAGGACUAAUUUGGCACAAAUGACAGAUGCCAAUGGGAAUAUUCAGCAAAGGACAGUGUUGCCAAAACUUGUAAGCUGAGUUUGAAUAAUCCAAUGCUGAUUUUAAAUAGAGAGAGAUACUAUGUCACUGAGCCUUAUUCUCAUGAAAAAGUAGCUCAGAUUUCUAUUUUUAUUUGCUCAGUAACUUUAAAUGUUUGUAUUUUUUCAACACUCACUUUAAAUGUAUAAGAAAAAAUUGUUUUGAUUUUAUAAAAAACAUGGGGACAAUGCUUUAAGUUUUUAUACUUUUUUAAAAAAGAAAUGUUUUUCUUCUGAACAGUAGCUAGCCUUACUAUGGAACUAGUGUGGCACAAUAAUGGGUCAGUGGCAGGCCACUGGUUACAGCAUAACCACCAUGCAUUAUAACCUGAUAGGGGGAGUGUGUUUUCUCACCCCACCCCAUUGUUCAUAUUGGCAUUUCACUGGAGUGAACUUUCCAUACUUUUCUGUUUCUGGUUUUUCUUUUUCUUUUAGCAGUGGAUCCUAAUCUUGCAAACACUUCCCUACAUUCUUCUCUUUAUGAUAUAGAAAAUAUUCAGGGGGUAUGAGUGAGGUCUGCAUGACUGUUGGUAAAAUGUGCAUCAAUAUUCUGGCUCAUUAACCAAUUAAUACUUGCUAUUAAUAUUUAUUAUGAUGCUUUUAUUGUUUUGAAAAAUUGCAUCCAUAGAGAACUUCCAGGAAAUGCAGUAGGCACAUGCGCCCCUGUGCUUGCAUCAAACCCCACUCCACUGUUCCCUGUCAAGUGUCUAAACUUUUGAAAACUGCAGAUCUUAGGGUAGCCUAAUAUCACUCUGAUAUUCAACAGUUUCAGUGCCUGGCCCCAGUAUUAGCUUUUACUGAGUUUGUGUUGCCCAGUUAACUGGUAAGCUUGGAGUCUCAAGAAGCCUUGCUUGAACCUCCAUCCCUUUCUCCCUACCUUUAUCGAGGUGAGCUUUGAUACAGGUAGACAGCAUGGGUUGAUGUAUGCCCUCUGUGCUCUGCAAAUCCCAAUGCCAUGUCUGGUUGCGUUACUUAAAUUGCAUUCCUGUGCACAGUUACCAGGGAAUAAACAUGUUGAACAGAUUUGGGCUUACUUAGUAAACGUGCAUAGCAGUGCACUGUUUAAGAUUGAAAAGACUGUUGUAAAAGAUUCACAUUCUUCAGGAGCUGUGCACGAGUAUAAUAUAGAAUUUAUUGGAUUAUAUUCUUGGGCUGAAAAACAUGAGCCAGAACAACUGUGUUUAAUUCAGUUUUAUCUCCUUAAUUUAAAACCUAACUUGUGGGCUUUGUGAUUAAAUAUGAUAAGGGAUGGGAAAACUGCACUGGUUUGGUUCUAGUGCAGAAACAAUAAAGAUCUAUUAGAUUAUUCCCUGCUAGAUUAGUUCCCUUGCUAAACCUGCCUGUUUUGCUGGCUAGGCUUAAUUAGCAGAGGAAUCCUAAAGAGAAUUACACCAUCUAUGCCCACUGAAGUCAGCGGUCUCAGAAAGAUGUAACUCUGCUUAGGAUUGUACUGCUAGUCACUAACACCAGCUCCCCAGUCCUUGGCUCUGAACUCUUGAGCCUGGCAUAGAGGGAAGAUGAUUUCCAAACACACACAUUCAAGGCUGUUCUUCUACAAAUCUGCAGAAUUAAAUACCAGAAUCCAUGACUGGAAUCUCUUCUUUUAUUUCUACAGCAGCCCUAAAGGUGAUAAAUCCCCCCCCCCAAAAAAAAUUAUUUAACAUUCAUGCUGCAUUUAAAACAGACAAUGUAAUAAGUAAAGCAUAAGGAAGUGCAUUUCUGUAACAAUAGAUGAGCUAUUCUCUGAAGACAAAUUAUGAGAAACAAACCAUGGCCCCAUUCACACAGCAAAUUUGCCGCGGGAGAGCCACGUUUGGAUGGCGGAUUUUCCGGGCGC